CGGCUCCUCUGCCGCCGCAAAGUUCCCCUUCGCCUUGUGUCUGCGAGGAGGAGGGUGUGGUGGCGAAGCUUUUAAAACCACCCUGAAACCUUACUUCGACCCUCCAGUUGCUCAAUAGUAGGAAUCGGAGAAGUCUGCCCCUGGGAACGGAAUGAUCGGCUGAAGCCCCAAAAAGGGCCUUGCACCCGGGGAAACGCCCGCAGCUGUACUCCCGCGCUCGGGCCACGCUUCGCCCUCCACUCGGGCUCAGUCGGUUCGCGCCCGUCUGUUACCUGCUCGUUUCCGGGGGAACCGCCACUCGCCGCGCGGGCCGAGAGCGCGCCGCGGCCGGGAAAGACGCCGCUCCCGCCAGUCGGAUCGAGGUCUAGGUGAGACCGGGCUCUGAGAUUCCUGCAGUGUCGCUCCUGGCCAUCGGUUCCAGAUAUCACUCUGAAAAACUGAAGCUCAGAGAAAUUUGGCCAAGAUAAGUGACCAAGUUGGAUGAAAAUUCAGUUCUGUCAGCUCAAUGGAGUUUGCGACAGCCCUGGCAGACUUUCAAGCAGGGGCUAGCUGUCCCAUCUGUUCGGACUACUUGAAAGACCCAGUGACCAUUAACUGUGGGCAUAACUUCUGUCUCUCCUGCAUCAGUAUGUCCUGGAAGGAUCUAACUGAUACUUUCCCCUGCCCUUUUUGCCGAUUUUGCUGUCUAGAAAGGAAAUUUGCAAGCAACCCCCAGCUGGGCAAUUUGACUGAAAUUGCUAGGUUACUCCAGAUAAGAAGAAGCAAGAGGAAGAGACAAGAAGAGAAGCUUUUAUGUAAAAAGCACAAUCAGGUUUUGACCUUUUUCUGUCAGAAGGACUUAGAGGUUUUGUGUGCACAGUGCACUUUCUCUGAUGAUCACCGGAAACAUUAUGUUUGGCCCAUAGAGAAGGCCGCCCCCUAUCAUCGGCAAAGAUUGGAAUAUUGCCUUGAACCAUGGAAAGAUAGAGUGGAACAAAUUGAAAAGGUGAUAACUAUGCAAACCAGAAAAUCACUGGAACUGAAGAAGAAGGUAGAAUAUAGGAGAGAAGAAAUAAGGUCUGAAUUUGAGCAACUUCUGUUGUUUCUUCAAAACGAGCAAGAGACUGUUCUUCGGCAAUUACAAGAUGAAGAAACGAAUAUUUUAGCAAAACUAAAUGAAAACAUAACAAAUUUUUCAGAUCAUGUUUCCACAUUAAAAUAUUUAUUAAAGGAGAUAGACAGCAAAUAUGUGAAGUCAAAACUGGAAUUCCUGACAGAUGUUAAAAGCAUCUACCAUAGAUAUAAAACCUUAAAGGCCCCUGAACCUUUUUCAUUCCAGUUAAAAGAAUAUGGUUACCAUCUUCCUCCACAAUAUUCUGGCCUAAACAAAAUUAUCAAGCAUUUUCACGUUGAUGUAUUUCUAGAUCCCGAAACAGCACAUCGUAAACUUAUUGUUUCACAUGAUAGAAAAACUGUACAAUAUGGAAAUAGAAUGCAAAACGUACCCCAUAACCCAAAGAGAUUUUAUCUCUGCCCAGUUGUUCUGGGUUCUGAGGGAUAUGAUUCAGGCAGACAGUAUUGGGAGGUAGAAGUGAAAGACAAGACUGAAUGGGCCUUGGGCGUCUGCAAAGACUCUCUUCCCAGAAGAAGAAAGAGUCAGAAUGCUUCGAUUUUAUUAGAGGAUGGGUUGUGGUGUAUCAGGCGAGGUGGUCCAAUUAAUUACACUGCACUGGGUCCUGAAAAGGUUAAUUUUCUGCCAAAAGUAAUACCUAGAAAGAUUGGCAUUUUUUUAGACUAUGAAUUGGGUGAGGUUUCCUUUUACAACUUGAGUGAUAGAUCUCUGCUUCAUGUUUUUAGUGAUUACUUUACAGGAGCACUUUGGCCCUAUUUCCAUACUGGAACUGACUCAAAACCUCUUAAAAUCUGUACGGUAACAGAUUUUGAAUAAUGAGCUAUUGGGAGACUUGUUUAUUUACCUUAAUAACUCUGUAAUGUGCUUUGUUCUUUUUCUUGUCUUUCUCAGUUUUGACGUAAUACAAUGAAAAAUGAAAUGGUGAUCUCACCAUAUAUAUACUUAUGUAUGCACACACAAUCAAUAGAUAAUCUUCCCUCUGUUUCUUUUUAAGCAAUGUACCCUCUCUGUUCAGCUGCCAUCCCUCACCUCGUUUGGGAACUGACCUUUCUUCUUGAAAUCCCUGUUGAUUAGUUGUUUUUUUCUUUUUAGGUUUACUCUAUUCAAGGAAUCACAUCUUAACAAUAUUGGGACUUCUAAUCCAUGAACUCAUUUAUUUGGGUCUUUAACUUCUCUCCAAUUUUUAUAGUUUUUAGUAUAUCUGACUUUCACAUUUUGGGGUAGAUUUAUCCCUAAGUAGAAUCCAUUGGAUUUUCUGUAGAGGUGCUCAUGCCAUUUGUAAAUAGACUUCCACUUUUUCAUUUACAGCCUAAGUUCUUUUUCUUUUCUUGCCUAUUUGCACUGACUAGGACCUCCAGCACAGGGUUGAUUCUUAUUUUGAUUGGGUUUAUCCCCCAUUUUACUGCUCACAUUUACUCAAUUUCUAUUCUUUUUUUUGUUGUUACUUUUAUUACCUAACUUGGAUAGCUCUCAGUCUUCGCUUAAAAUGAUCUUUAAUAUUGUCAAUUCAAUAUUACCUCACCAUUUCCCCACUGAUGGGUAUAUAUUAAGGUCAUGCUAACUUUUGCAAAUAAUGUACAUUGAAUAUAUAUUUAUACUUUUCCAUUGUGGACCAUAAUGAAAAAGAAGACACCCACAUACAUAACCAUGACCUGACACUAACAUCACCUUUGAACUCUGCCUCUUCUCAGCCCAUCUCUUCCUGGUUCUAUUCAGUUCUCUCCACCAUUCUUAAUUUGACAUUCUACUGAGUUUUACAUAAAAUCAACACUGGAUUAUUCUGUCAGGGUUUUUUUCCCCCAUGUUCAUGAGAUUAAUCAUGCUUUUGCUUAAGGUAGUAUUUGUUUUCACUCCACUUCUGAUGGAUACUCAGUUUGAAACUAUGAAAAUUAUACAUCUGGUUUCUUUGUAGUGUAAAUUAAUGGACCUUCAUCUUGAUUGGAUACUGCAAUUUUUCCCCCAAAGUUAGUGCCAAAUUACACUCCUACACAGUGUAUAAAUGUCCUCAUUGCUCUGCAUUAACAGUUCAAUUCUAACAAAUUCUUUACUAGUUUGCAGGAUGUUAAAUGUUAUCUAUAGUUAUAAUUAUUUCUAUGAUUUCUAAUAGAGUAUAUUUCCAUAAGUUUAAGUUAUCCCUGUUUCUUCCCUAUAAAGUACCUGUUCUUUUUUUUUUCCUUUUUUUUUUAAUGGUCUUGCUAAGAUCAGCAAUGAACUCAUUUCUUUAAAUUGACUUUAGAGAGAGAGAAGAAAAAGAAAGCCCUGGCUGGCGUAGCUCAGUGGAUCGAGUGCGGGCCUGCGAACCAGAGUAUCGCGGUUUGAUUCCCAGUCAGGGCACAUGCCUGGGUUGCAGGCCAGUUCCCGGCAGGGGACGCAUGAGAGGCAACCACACAUUGGUGUUUCUCUCCCACUCUUUCUCCUUCCCUUCCCCUCUCUCGAAAAAUAAAUAAAGAAAAUAUUUAAAAAAAGAAAAAGAAAGAGAGAAACAUCAGUUUGUUAUUCCACUUACUUGUGUAUUAAUUUGUUGAUCUUUUGUAUGUGCCCUGACCAGGGAUCAAAUCCACACCUUGGUGCAUUGGGACAUUGCUUAUAACCAACUGAACUAUCUGACUAGUGCUCCUUGUUUUUCAAUUAGUCUAUUUGUCUCAUUGAUAUCAACUCUUCUGGGUUCUAGUCCUGUAGAAAUUAGUCACUGCAGGUAUCUUCAAGUUUAUCUCUUAUGGUGUCUCGUACAGAAUUUCUUAUAUUUGAUGUAGUUGAUUAUAUUGGUCUUUCAAGGUUUGAAUUCUUGUUGAAGAAAUCCUAUCCUACACUAAUGCUAUUAAAAUACUCUGCAUGCUUCUAAACAUUUUAAACAUAAUUGGAGUUGAUAGUGUUUGGGGGAAUAGGAUGGGGCCCGCCUGGAUAUUUAGUUAUAUAUAAUGAAUAAAUAACCAGUGGUCACAACUCAACUUAUUAAGCAGUCCAUCAUUUUUUCAACUGAUUUGCAAUGCUACUUGUAUCUGACAUAGAAUCUGUUCUACUGGUCUGUUGGUCUAUCCUUGGGCCAAUACCAUGCUCAAAUAUUACAGCUCACUCGUUCGUGAUAUCUGGUGGAAAUUUUCAUCAUCCAUUCAGGGUUAUCUUGGCAACUCUUGGCCUCUUCCAUGUAAAUUUACAAUCAGUUUACUAAAUUAAACAUAACCAUGGAGAAUUAAUUUGAAAUUGCAUUGAAGCUGUAAGUCAAAUUGGACAAAAUAGACAAUCUCCACUUUAUGGAGUUGCCUGAACAUAAUACACCUUUACAUCUAUUUAAGUGUCUCUUAAAAAUUUAUAUGACAUCUACCAGUUGGCUGCCUUAGGUUAUAAUUAAACUUUAUAAUUCACAUGACAUCAAGAUUACUCAGAAUGAUACAGUGUAAUCAGCUUGCCAGCAGCUUUCCUUUUUAUGGAAAUCCUUGCUGUAGUCUAUAUAGCUUAGAAGUCCAGGAGUACUUUCCUUGGGUUCCCUAUGAGAUGGCUCAGGUGGACAUAAAUGAGACAUUGACAAAAGCUUCACAGUCCAGAAGACCACUAAAUCUUAAUUUCCUGACAAGUGAGUGGGCUCCAUAGAUCGAAAAGGACCUUAUGAAAUUUUACUAAAGAUUAUUAAGUGAUCUCCGGAGGAAGCACAUAUACAAGGUAGCAAAAGUUUUAGAGUUUGAACUUUGUAGGUUUUGGAACCAGUUUCCUUACCUUUAAAAUAGAAAAAUAAUCAACUUCAUAAAGUUGAUUAAAGACUUAAGUGCUCCCAGCUGCCACCCUCAAUAAUACCAUGACUUCAGACCUAGUCUCCCCUUUCUCAUUUCGAUUAAACAAUGCAGCUAAGCAUUUUGUGCUUUAAGAAUAGUUUAUUUGAUUCCAACUGAAUCUUUAAUCCAGUGUUAAUGUUUUUGUUAAUGUUCAUUGUUUACAAGAUUUAUUAGAAUUACCAACCAUUGCUUUAUAAUCACCAUUGCCAACUUAGAGGCAACCCCUUUCAACUCAUGUUCUCUGGGUAUUUUAUAGUCACUAAAUAAGCUAAUAGUGAUACUUAUGAAUUUUUUAGUUUGAGGUAUCAUUUGAUGUCCUACUUCGGAAGAUGAGAAUUUCACCCUGGCCCUCUCCAAAUAGAAUUCUUCAUUUUUUUAUAUUUUCUGAUGUUUACAUGCAGUGGUCUAAAUCUGUCAAUUUAAGCACAUGUAGCUUUCUACCACUUUGAUUUUGCAGAUUACCCGAGGAGCCAUCUUACCAACCCCAGUGCAGGCAGGUUGUUCACUAAGCCAACUGCUCAGAUAACAUCUUGGGGGUGGAUACCCUUAGCUUCUCUUGAGUUUUUCCUAUUUCCAUAUCUUUGUCCAUUCAGAAGUUAGUGUCUCAUUCUGUUGGAGAAUGUCCUUCAGUAGCUUCCUAAUCAGAGUACAUGGGAAAUAAAUUGUAUGAGGACUGUAUGUCUGAAAAUGUCUUUAGGCUAUCCUGAUAUUUAACUGAACGUUCCUCAGGGUACAAAAUUCUAGUUUUGAAAUAAUUUGCUCAUUUUUAGCAUUUUCAUUGUGGUAUCUAAAGUGUAUAAAACACAUCAGCAUAGACAAUAUGCUAUAAGCACAACUUUUUAAAGAAAUUGUAUUCAUUGAUUUUAGAGAGAGAAACCAGUUUGUUGUUUCACUUAUUUAUGCAUUUAUUGGUUGAUUAUGUGACCUGACUGGGGAUAGGACCCACAACCUUGGCAAACUGUGAUGACAUUCUACCCAGCUGAGCUACCCAACCAGAGCCUAAGCACAACUUUCAAUACUGUAUACAGAAUUGGUCGGUUAACCUGACAAGGAAUUCAUAUUCAGGGAUGUUCAGCUGGCUUUCCCAUGAAGAACCUCAAGCCCCAUGUGCUACAAUUGCUUCAGUUAUCUUAAUCUACAAAUUCUGAAGCUAUAAUUAAAAUAAUGGAUUACAAUGGACAAAAAAUGGAUGGCAUUGGUGGAACUGGACAUACAUGGAUUGACUAAAGUGUUUGAGUCACUCCACACUGUAGCCGGAAUAGGACAAUAAAGUACAGGGAAGGAACCCUGCAGGCUGUACCUCAUUAAACAUGGGCCUAGAACUCCAAAAACAUCUGUCCAGUCAUCGAUUUUUGAGGGUGCUGGUAGCCUCAUAGUAACUAUCAAUAUAAUGUUAGAUGAAUCUUGCUUUAUGGAAUUGUGUUUGCUUCAAGUGAACCAUUUACAAGAUCAAAGCACCCAAAGGACAGAAUGCUGGGAACAGUGAAGUUACAAACAAGACAAUGUAUAGUGACUGCCUGCUAAAUAUAUAGACAAUUUUAAAAAUGUCUACAUGUAGGGCAAAGUUUUGACUGAGACUUGAUUUUUUUUUUAUUACCCAGUAGUUGUUAACCUUUACACACAAAGAACUAUUGACAGUUAUCUAUUGAGAGGAG